UUUAUAGAAACCCAAAUCCGAGCUUUGGGUGCGGAUUUGGGCGAGAUUUCUGACAGGGUCGAUUCCGAUUCCUCAUCUUCACGAAUUCGAUCCCUAGAUCUGGAAUCGCUGUAUCGCUCCCGCCUCAUCGCCCUCUUCUUCGCGCCUCAGUUCCCGCGCUUCGUCUUCUUCAACUUGGGUUUGGGCCUCUUUCUCGAAACCCAAGUUUAGUAUUAUGAUGGAAAAUACCCUCGAUCCCUUUCUCUCUCCUUCAGCUUCCUUCAAACCCCAGAAUCAAUCCCUCUGCUUUCCCAAAAAUAAUCAGAAACCCUAGAAGCUCAGAGCUUCGAUCAUCAUCAUGUCUGUGCUAUUGUGCGGCAAAAGAUCGCCGGCGAGCUUCUUCGAGGACGAGUACCAUACGCCUGUUCCAGCCUCGAAGAGGAUCCGGUGCUCCGCCGCCCUCCAGUUCUCUCCGCCUCCGGCCUCGGUCACGUCACCACCUUCGACCGUUGUUUCUCCAGUUGAUCGGCUUAGGGCUCUGUUUCCUGAUAUGGAUGAGGAGUUGCUCGCGAAAGCACUUGAAGUAUCAGGCAAUGACUUGGACAUUGCGAUAAAGAAUUUAAAUAAUCUCCAUUUGGAGUCAGCGAGGGCAGAAUUAGACUUUGCUGAGAACAACAAAUCUAAUGUCAGGACUGAAGCGAAUAUUUGGUCAUCACCUGAAGCUCAUGCUGCUGCUGGGUGGUUUGUUGCUGGUUUGUUGCUUUGUGCAGCAUUUGCUGCUGCUGGUGGUGGUUGGUGUGUGCUUGUUUUGAGCUUUCUGCAGCUCAUGCUGCUGCUGUUUCUUGCUGGUUUGUGCCUGUUUUGAGUUUUCUGCAGCAGUUGCUGUUGUUUCUUGCUUUGUGCAGCAUUUGCUGCUGCUGCUGGUUGGUUUGUGCCUGUUUUGAGCUUUCUGCAGCUCAUACUGCUGCUGGUUGCUGGUUUGUGCCUGUUUUGAGCUUUCUGCAGCUCAUA